CAGGUCACGCAUAAAUUGAGAUAACUGCUUAAGCCUAAAUUCACUCAUUUCAUAAAGGCUCCUCACUGCGUCACUAGUACUCACCCAGUAGAGUUCAGUUUUGAGUCUUGUCCUUGAGUUCUUGUCUUGGUCCCCCUGCUUUGCAGCGACCACCUUAUCUUAUCUCUAUUCCGACUCUAAAAGAAAAAAAAAAUAGAUGAGCGAGAGACUUGACCUCAACACAGAGGACGGUUUGAGUUCCUCCCUUGUCAGUGACCUUCUGUCCACGCAAAUGUAGGGGGGAUGAAAAAUUCCCGCAUAUUUGGAUUUAUUGUCACGUAUCCUUUUUUUUAAGCCGGUAACUUUUUGCUCUCUGUCUCGUUUGUACUUGCGGAUCAGCUGGUUCCCCUGCCGGGACUGGGAUUGGCCAUUCAUUCUCUUUGUGGGCCCUCGGUCUUGUUGGUCAUCCUCCGCCCACUGACGUCAGAGGAACAUUUCAAUCUCUCGUGUUAUUGAGGUUAAUCUGAUUAUGAAGAUUAGCUCCAAGAAAAUUCCUCAUCAAUGACAGCCAAGAUGGAGACUCCUUUCUACCAUGACGACUCCCCCGCCAUCCACAGCUUCGGACAGUUUCCGGAAUACGAGCGUUACGCCGGGAACAAGAUGCUGAUGUGUAAGAAGGCCGUGUCGGUGGCGGUGGCGAGCCAUCAUUUCGGCGGCGGCGGGGGAGGCGUGGCGGGAGCCAGAGGUACGAACCCCAACAACCUCGGACUGGGCCACGGCGGCUCCCUGGCGACGCCGUCGGCAUCCUCGGCUGACAUGAACAUGCUGAAGCUGGCCUCCCCCGACCUGGAGCAUCUGAUCAUCCAGUCCAACCAGGGAUUGGUCGCCGGCGGCCCCCCGUCCAACCCGUUCAUCUAUCGCAACCAGGCCACCAACGAGCAAGAGGGCUUCGCCGACGGCUUCGUCAAAGCGCUCGCCGACCUUCACAAGCAGAACCAGCUGGUGGGAGGCCACCUGUCGCCGUCGUCCUCCUCCAACGUCUCCCUCCAAGCGUCCUACCAGAGGAACUUGAUGUCCGCCGGCGAGGCGCCCAUCUACACCAACCUCGGCAGCUACAACCAGGGACAGCCGGCGUAUUCCGCGGCCCCCAUGACCUACGGCGGCGCCGCCGGUCACAACGCCGUGGGCGGAGCCCCUCAGCCGCACGCCAGAAGUCUGGAUGCCCCUCAGACUGUUCCCGAAGUCCCCCACCUCGCCGGAGACCCGACGUCGCCUCCUUCCCUCUCCCCCAUCGACCUGGAGACGCAAGAGAGGAUCAAAGCCGAGCGCAAGAAGCUGCGCAACCGCAUCGCCGCCUCCAAAUGCCGCAAGCGCAAACUGGAGCGAAUCUCCCGGCUGGAGGAGAAGGUGAAGAUCCUGAAGAGUCAGAACUCGGACCUGGCCUCCACCGCUUCCAUGCUGCGGGAGCAGGUCUCUCAGCUCAAACAGAAGGUCAUGAGUCACGUCACCAACGGCUGCCAGAUCGCCGUCGGCUCUCCCGGAAAAUCGGGAGCGAGGGCCUGCGGCGCCAGCGGCGAGGACUCCGGCUGCUGAGGGACGCAGAUAAAACAAACGCUUUGGAACAUUUCAUCGGCGAAAAUGGGAGGGGUGGGGGUGGGGGGGGGUCAGUUAAGGCCCGGUGUCAACAAAGAGGUGGUCCGAUGACAUCGGGCCUGAGACGCUCAUCAAACGCCGCCGAGCGCAAAAGGGCUUCUUCUCUUCGGAGCGUACGCACGCCGUGAAGAACGCUCAAUGGGACGCUUCUCUGCCAUUUGACGGGAUUUCAAGAGACUCUUCUGCAGGAUUUGACACGACUCUGAAACACUUUAAACAGCCCAACUCUUAUUUAUUUAUUAUUAUUAUUAUUAUUAUUAUGACUAUUUUGUAAUUAUGAUCUCGUCACGCUUUAAGUGUAACGUCUUUCUCCCCAAAAAAAAAAAAAAUCUUUGGAACCGUUUUGCAAUAAUUCAAUCGAGCGGCGUGAGGUCGCACGUGUGAGUAUGAAGACUUGAUUCCUGAAUUCCGGAGCGACUCGCUUCAUUCCUGAAUUCCGGAGCAACUCGCUCAAACGCUUUUUGGACGACACUGUUGCCGUACUUCGGAAUUUAUCGCUUGAAAACGUGGACUGAAAAAAGACGUUGACGGGAUUGGCUAUUCUGUUUCGUUACCGUGUUUGCUUUGUGUGUGCGUGUUUUAUAUCUUUGUUUUAUUUUUAUUUUUUUUUUUCACAUUACGUGUAUACGAAAGCCGACUCUGCUUCAAAGUCCAAUUUUCAAAUGUACAUUUUGGGAUCAUUUACGUGUUUUGCUGCUCAAAGUUGAAAAACGUUUCUUGCCACUCCGUGUCAAAAAAUAAAGUCUGACGAUCCGUCGCCA